CUCCAAAAUGAAUGACGGUUUUGAAAAGAAGAAGAAUGCUAAUCUUACUGGAAGGAAAAAAGGAGGGAUUAUUACAUUGCCCUUUAUCUUUGCCAGUGAUGUUUGUGAGAAAUUAGCUGUGGUGGGUAUCGCUACGAACAUGAUAAACUACUUAACAACAGAGCUACACAUGCCAUUAACCAAAGCUGCUACUACGAUCACUAACUUUGCUGGAACUGCAAGCUUGACUCCAUUGCUUGGUGCCAUCAUUUCUGAUUCUUUUGCUGGAAAAUUCAUGACUAUUACUGUUGCUUCCACUAUCUACCUAAUAGGUAUGAUUAGUUUAACCUUGUCAGCAAUCAUUCCUAAAUUAAGACCACCUCCAUGUAAAGGGGAAGCGGUAUGCCAAGUAGCUAAUUCAGGACAGCUGAUAGUUCUCUACUUAUCACUUCUAUUUGGAGCAAUAGGGUCGGGUGGAAUCCGACCCUGCGCUGUUGCAUUUGGAGCCGAUCAAUUCGAUGAUUUGGAUUCAAAGCAAAAAACAAAGUCUUGGAAUUAUUAUAAUUGGUACUAUUUUGUGACCGGAGUAGCAAUGCUUGUGUCUGUGACUGUUCUUGUUUAUAUUCAAGACAAUGUUGGAUGGGGAUGGGGCCUAGGAAUUCCUACAAUAGCUAUGUUUCUCUCAAUUAUUACUUUCAUCGGCGGAUAUCCACUUUACCGGCAUUUGAACCCGAAAAAAAGCCCGUUUACUGGACUUGUAAGAGUGUGUGUUGCUGCUUUUCGUAAGAGGAAGAUACCAGAAGUGUCUGAUUCUAAAAUGUUAUACCAAAAUGAUGAGAUUGAUGCUUCUAUUACUUUGAAAGGGAAGCUGCUUCAUUCCGAUCAAUUUAAAUUCUUGGACAAGGCAGCAACAGUGACAGAGGAAGAUAAUACCAAAACACCAGACUUAUGGAGACUAUGCACAGUUCAUAGAGUAGAAGAAUUAAAAUCAAUAAUCAGAAUGGGACCAAUAUGGGCAUCUGGAAUACUUCUAAUCACAGCAUAUUCCCAAAUAAACACAUUCUCCCUCCAACAAGGCAAAACUAUGGACAGACAUCUAACCAAAUCCUUCCAAAUUCCUGCAGGGUCCAUGUAUGUAUUCACCCUCCUAGCCAUGCUCAUCACCACUGCUCUCUACGACCGUGUCUUAAUCCCUGUGUCCCGUAGAUUCACUAAACUCGACCGUGGUAUAAGCGUCCUUUGUAGAAUGGCGAUUGGAUUAGUGAUAUCAAUUUUCCCUACUUUAGUUGCUGGAUUCAUUGAAAUGAAACGAAAAAAGAUAGCUAUGGAACAUGGACUCAUUGAACACUCGAACGAAAUAAUCCCAAUGUCAGUUUUUUGGCUUCUGCCACAAUAUUGCCUUUAUGGAAUGGCUGAAGCUUUUAUGUCAAUUGGGCAUAUAGAGUUUUUCAACGGCGAAGCUCCGGAGAGUUUGACAAGUACUGCAAUGGCAUUUUAUUGGAUUUCAAUUUCUAUUGGGAACUAUGUUAGUACACUUAUGGUUACCUUGGUUCACAAGUUUUCUGCAGGGUCUAAUGGUGAAAAUUGGCUUCCUGAUAAUAACCUUAAUAAGGGAAAGCUAGAAUACUUUUACUGGCUAAUCACAAUCAUGCAGGUUAUUAAUCUCAUUUACUACUUGAUUUGUGCUAAAAUGUACACUUACAGGCAAAUUCAGAACCAUCAUGAGGAGAAUAACAUUUCAGAAGACAACAACAUUGAGCUUAGUAAUAAUGUUUAGGUAAAUAUUUAUAAGGAUUAUUUGCAUUUAGUUGCUUAGACAGCAACAUUGAGUUGCUUAGAUUUGGAUUUAGUCACCCCACAUGUAUGGAUGUUUUUUUUUUUUUUUUUAUAAGCAUCACAUGUAUGGAUGUGAAUUAGGUGAUCAUUUCCAAUAAAUAAUUACAAUUACUUAUUAUCAUUUAA